UUCGUAGCCUCGACUAUGGGCUACAAUAUUUAUCGAACUCAAGAUAUAGUAACUGUUGUAAUUCAUAGAUGGCAGUGCUAGCAUCCUCUCCUCUAUAAAUAGUGACCUUUACGUAGCUGUGUUACUAGUUGAUUGUUGUACUUAAACCAUGGAGUUAAAUCAGUUCAUUCCUUCCACAUGGAUUACACUUAUUGCAAGUGUAUUGCUGUUAUGCCUUAUUUAUCAGAAUAGAAAAUUUCAGUACUGGAAACAACAAGGAAUUCAAUGUGCAAUUAAUGGAAUUUGCAGUUUUGUAUUGGAAACAACCAAAGCGUUGAAAAAGCCAUUGCAUUUAAUAGAGCUGGAAUAUUAUAAAAAAUAUGGUCGAAUAUAUGGGAGAUUUUUGGGCGUUAGACCAAUUAUUUGUAUUGCAGAACCUCAUAUUCUGAAAAAAAUUUUUGUUAAAGAUUUUAACACAUUUCAUAAUAGAGCGAAUGUACAGACGGGCAAUCCAUUAUUCGACAAAACAAUGUUUCUUGCACUUGAUGAUGAUUGGAAAAGAAUUAGAUGCAUUGUGAGCCCAACCUUCAGUAGCGGAAAAAUGAGAAAAAUGGCUUAUUUGGUUAAAGAAUGUGCGGAGAAAUUCUCAGAAAAAUUGAAGAAAAUCGCCGAUGAAAAUGAAAAUAAUUGCAUUGAUUGCAAAAAAUACAUUACUUGUUUCACUAUCGAUGUAAUAGCUUCAACAGCAUUUGGAACGAAAUUAUCUUCUUUAGACGAUCCAAAUAACGAGUUUGUUAUCAUGUCUCGAAAAGCAGUAAACAAAGAUGUUACAUUGUUAGAUAUGAUUUUACUUCUAUUCCCAAAAUUAACAAAACUGAUAAAGAUAAAAUCUAUCCAUGAGUCAUUCAGCUAUUAUAAGGAUUUCGUUUUACAUGUUAUUAAUCAAAGAGAAAAGGACAAAAUGAAAGCCUACGAUUUUCUUCAGUUAUUAAUGGAUUCACAAAAAGGUGUUUUGGAAAUUUCUCCAGAAGAAGCCAAAGAAGAAGAAAUGUCCAAUAUUAAAAUAUUACCAAUACAUAAAACCAUGACCUCUGACGAAAUGAUGGCUCAAUGCGCAGGAUUUCUUUUCGCUGGAAAUGAGACGACCACAAAUGCAGUAGCUUUCGUCUUAUAUCACAUGGCCUUAUAUCCGGAAUAUCAGGAUAAAUUAAUUGAAGAAGUAGAUGAAAUCUGGAAAACGAAUGAUGAAUUGAAUUUUGACGUGCUUAAUAAAAUGCAAUAUAUGGAUGCGGUUAUCAACGAGACACUGAGAAAAAAACCAGCAUUGAUUCAAUUAGUCAGAGAAUGCACUGAAGAAUACGAAUUACCAGAGCUAGGUAUUAAAAUACCAAAAGGAAUGAAUAUUAUAAUUCCUGUUUAUGCGAUGCAUUAUGAUAAAGAAUAUUUUCCAAAUCCGGAAAAGUUUGAUCCUGACAGGUAAUUAGUUUAAUUUUUAUUUAAUAAGAAAAUUUCUAAUAGUUAAAACAAAUAAUAGAAUAACUGAAAACAAAGGCGUAUAAUGAUUAAAUGAUCAUUCAAAUUUGUAUUUCCUAUUCCCUAUGUGAGAUGUUUAACAUAUUGGCAUGAUAAUUCGGUAGGCUUCUCUGAAGUUAUCAGCUGUAUUAAUUAACGAUAUUUUAAUCGACACAUUCGCAUGAGUUUGUUGAUGUGUUUAUACGGCUCUUCAAUAUCAAUUCUCGACUUCCAAAGAAUGUCUUCAAUCAUGGAAAUGCUUGAAUUGUGAAAAAGCUUCUUUAAUGUACUGUACUAUACGUACGCUUAUUUGAACAUUUCAUAAGUCUCGAAGUGACCUUCAUGGGUCUAUUCAAACAUGCACAUAUCAUAUCGUGGACUGACACACUCUUUCAAAUCUUCCUGCUUGUAUCCGACAGCGUUAUAGGUAAGAUCCACGUGUUGCCCCAAGUCUGCACAUUGGGAACUGGCUCAGCAUAUACAAUACUUUUCAGAUACCUCACAGGCAAAAAUCAGGGUUGAAGCUCACCAUUGGGUGAGCCACACAACAGUCUUCUCUCAAUCAAUCCAUCUGUUGGGGAAGGUG